CAGCUAGACAGAAGCCGGGCAAGUACCUGUUUAAUAUCAGCAUAUUAAACUACUAUACGAAUGUCCGCUCAAUCUCUAAUGCGCUCUCUCAGAUAAAUGAGCUUCUAAAGCAAAAGCCUCAAAGAUUGCCGGUCCAGCAUGUUUAUUUAAGUGAUCUAAAUUGUGAUUGUGACGAUGACUAUUCUUUGCUUUUUGAAUUUCUUGCGUACUUGCCAGAUACUGCAGAAAUUAUCAUUAUCGAUACGCACAUCAACCCGGAGAUAUUACAAACGCCGUUUCACCUUAAAGUUAACGGAAUCCGGUUUAGUGGAUGCUCUUUUGAGACGACCAUUGUCUUUCUGCGAAGCUGUUUGUUUACUAAUAAGGAUUUAGUUAUCUAUUGUGAUGGUAAUUAUGAUAAGUGGCUUAGGCUACUAGAGAAGCACCCUGAUAUUAGCCAGGGGUUAAAGGAUCGGAUUAGUUGGUUUUUGUCUGAUUACAUUACAAGCAUAUACUUUCGAAAGUCUCUUCUAAACAAUAGCGACACGAAAUAUAGAUCAAUAUGGACUCAAUCAAUAUAUCCGACUAACCCACUCCCUUUGAAUGUUUUAAUUGAGAUCAUGUCUGUGUUUGAUGCCGCUCCCUCACUUGUCGCCUUUAAAGCAAUGUGUCAUUUAGAUGAGAUCCUAUCCGCUAUUCAUUGUAGUUUCUCGCGCUUCAAAAUCGGUAAUGCCUCUGAUGCCUACGAACAAUUAACCAAUGAUACUAAACGUCUUCAAAAUAUCUCACAAGAAAAUAAACCUCCUAUUCUAGUGAGUUGGUGUGACAUAACCUUAAGCCAAAGGUCUCCUAAUAAGUCCGAUCCUCUUUUUGUCGAAUGCAUUCGCCCGAUUAAUAUCAACAACAAUAACCAUGCUUUGUUGCAGAUAGCUUUUUCCAAGUAUCCAAUUAAUACAUUUCUGGCCUGGGCCGUACAUCGCUUGCAUAAACUAAGAGGCGUUUCAGUGACCUGUUCACAACUUCUUACUGCUGAUCCUUCGGCACAUCCCUCCGACGACAACAACUCUGAUGUUGCUAUUACUAACCCAACACCAACCCAAAUCUCAAGUAAUUCGAAGAAUUCGUGCAAUCAGAAAAAUGCUAAACUCCCUGAUGUCUAUACUGUGGUGUUAGUUCGCGAUGGGAACCCAGUUGAAUGCUGGGGGGCUAUGCUUCAAAGACUCCAUAACUCAGACGUUACUUUUCACUUUGUUAACUAUGCAUAUACCAAAGCAUAUGGCAUACCCAAAGGUUCUCGCUUCAUCCCUUCCUAUCCUUUCUGCUUAUCACGGUCAUUUUUCAAUUCGCUCCAAGCAGCUACAUUCCAAGCAACUCCUCCUCUUGAGACCGUUUAUAUGAGGCUGAUAUCAAGGCUGGUUCAUAUGGUGGCAGACCAGCAAAUGUGGCGGCGUUGUACACAGUGCGCCACUUCCUAUAAUAUUAUCUCGUGUAGCAAUACCAAUACACAUUUCUCAAACGAUAUAGCUAUUCUGGUUAUUAAUAAGGAUAUAGCUCUUUGUACUUAUUGUCUGAUAAGCUUCAACUACUAUCGAUAUAAUAUCUAUCUCCAGCCUGUUGUCUGGUACAGUUUAGUCCCUGGAAAAGAUAGUGUGUGCAACCCUAACAAUAUGUCUAACCCAGCCGGCCAUAUCCCUAAAAGCCCAGAACAAGAGGUACCUCUUGUAACUAACCCCCGCCCCAUCCUAGUGUCUUUUUACAGUCUACAGCAUAUCAUACUACAGGCAUAUAAACAUGUAUUCACAAGACAUUUGAAGAAUGUUGUUGUGGUUGAUUUAGAACUAAAUCGUCACGUAUUAAGAACCAAGCGCAUGGGCACUAGUGAGGAUAUCCCGCUUUCCACAAAGAAAGUUCUAUGCAGUAUGACAGAGCUAGCAUGUUCCCCACUCUCCAGCAAUUCUUCUACCUCGACCCCACCGCCCUUGCAGGAUCCCCAUAUCUAA